GUGACUCGCCACUCCUAAUCCCCUUCGCCCACUCGUCUGCGCCGUUCGAAAUGCUCGCGCUCCGCCGCCCGACUCCCCCGCCCGUCCUCCGCCGCCGCCCGAUCCUUCCGCCGUAGCCCUCCGUGCCGCCGCGGGAUAGAGCGGGAGAACCGCCCUUCGACCGGAGCCCUAGGGUUUCCUUUGCCUUCCCGCAGUCGCUUUUGUCCGCAGGCGGUGGUGUUCCUGGAAGAGGGAAGAGCGUUAGGGUUUGUGGGCUCGACACCAUGCCUCCCGGGCGGAGGAGAGGUGGGAAUCGGGUUAAGAACUUGGAACAGCUCAAGCCGGGGGAUCUCGUUCUCGCCAAGGUGAAGGGGUAUCCUGCUUGGCCCGCGAAGAUAAGCAGGCCAGAAGAAUUUGAUCGAUCACCAGAUCCUAGGAAAUACUUUGUUCAGUUCUUUGGGACUUCUGAGAUUGCCUUUGUUUUACCAGCUGAUAUUCAGGUGUUUACUGAUGAGUCAAAGGGUAAGUUAAUAACUCGUUGCCAGGGUAAAACAGUGAAAUAUUUCACUAGUGCUGUGGAGGAGAUAUGUGAGGCUUUUGAAGAAUUGAACAAGAAACAUUCAGGAGAAUCAGGGCAGGAUAUUGUCAGGAAUAGUUCUGCCCUUGCAUCUCCCUCGGUUAGUGGUUUCGAAGAUAGCAAGCAUCUAAGGGAACAUCAUGAGCCAUCACAUUAUAAUGGAAGAGGUGAGAAUGACUGCUCGAAUAAUGAGCUACAUGGGAUGGAGCUGGGUUCAAGGAGCCAGGAGGAAGAUGUUUCUUCUGAUCUGACUUUAGGUGGACCUGGAUCCCUCUUGAAAAGGAACAAAACUUCAAGCGAAGGUGUUCAAGUUCCAAAGAAAGAAAAACUUGCAGUUUCCGAGUCAGCUUCUCAUACUUGUUCUGGUACGGAGGAAAAAUUAAUGUGUGCUAAUUCUGAUGUUAGUAAGAGAAAUGAACCAGAGACGUUACCCAAAACUGAUACUAUAGAGCCACUUCCAAAAAUCUAUUCUCAUGAUGGACUUGAGGAUUCCAGUGAUUCUAAAGAUGAAAAUGAAUCUCAGGAGAAAAAUGCAGGUAAUGUGCUGAAGGUUCUAGAAAGUGAUCAUCAAACAACAAAGGUGACUGGAGAGGAUAGCAGAAGGGUGACUUCAAGAGACACUGACUUGAGAAAUUCAAAAAUAUCAAAGAGUCUGAAAAUAUCUGAAGAACAUUCCUUUGAAAAGGAAAAAAAGCAUAGUGACCCGCGCAAGGAAGCCACAGAUGUUUCUGAAGAACAUGGCUAUAAAGGGUCAAUGUCUUCUGGUGAAUCAACAGUGAAGAUUUUCCAGGUUAGAAAUAAAAAGCGUACUUUGGAUGGAAGCAAAGAUUCAUGUCCAGUUAAAAGAUCAAAAAUGGUAGAGGAGAAUAGUGACAAGUGGAAGAACUCAAGACAUAAUGACUUAUCUAAUAUUGAUUCUAGAAGUAAAGGUGGUAAAGUUGUAAAGACAGAAAAAUCUGGAAUCUCCAUGAAAACUGAAAAUCAGUUAACAUCAGAAAUGAAAAUGCAUCAUGGUGGGAUGCCUAUAACUUGUAACGAGGUUGUCCUUUCGACGACCAAAGGUUCUGAGGGCAUGGAUGCAGUGGCUACUACUGCCACUAAAGCCACUGCAAGUACAAUUCAAACUGGUUCUUGGUUUGUGAAAGAUGGAACGAUUGAUAGGUCCUUGAGUACACACAUCCGCUAUAGACGUAGAUCACGUAGGCUUAAUGAUGUUAAAGUGGAGGAAGGGCAGAAGACCCCAUUUCAUAAAGAUUCUACUAGCAACUUGGUUUUAGCACAUUCAGGCAUCUCUGUUUCUGAAAAGAAGUUUCAUUCUGUGAUGGAGGGUAACAAAGAUUCUCCAUCUGGUUAUGCUGUGGCUGAAAACCCUGAUCUUAUCAGGGAUGAGAAGCCUUCAGAUGAUGUGACAUUGCUUGUCAAGAUGGCUGAAAAGUACAAGGAGAGGAGGGUAGAAAAAUCAGAAAGCCUGCAAGCUUCUCAAAGUCCUAAGAAGCAAGAAUAUCAGAAAUCAUCAUUUGGUGAUUCUAGACCACCCAUUGUAUCACCCAAGACUCCUGUUGCUGUCGAUGAUGCAAUGAAGUCAAUAGAUCAAACAUUUAUAAAGCCUGAUAUAAAACCCUUGGGUUCUUAUUCAGGAAAGAAAUCUCAAAAUCAUCCAUCCAAACUUUCAAACCACCAAACUGAGAGGUUGAGCUCAUCCCGAAGUCAAGCUACACCAGAAAAAAAGAAGGCAUCAAGUAAAUCGGUUAGCGUAAAGGCGACCUCGAAAUGCAAUAUGCACACUACUGCGCUUACUGGAAAUAAGCUCAAUAACAAACACCCUGGGGGGCAGAAUUCUCAAAAGGAUGUUUUAGGACAUAAAAGAUCAGAAGCUUCUAAAGAAGAGAAAGUAGCGAGCUAUAGCAAAUCUGUGUUUACUGAUACCACUAAGUCAAUGAAGCACCUUAUCGCAGCUGCUCAAGCAAAAAGGAGAGACGCACAAUCACGAUGCCUGCCUCCUGUAAAUGCUAUUCCUGUAAUAUCGUCUCCAAAUGCACUCUUUGGAAGGAGCCCAAGUCCUGCUACACCAAUUCCCUUUUCAUCAACAAAUUCUGCUCAAAGGGAUAUUAAAGAAACUUAUGCUUCAAUGCCAUUUGAUUCUCCAUCUGCAGCUCCUUGGGAACUUCCUUCAACAAACAAAGUGGAAAUCAAAGAAUGUGAGCACAGGACUAGUCCUGAUCAAAGGCCACUGGGGGUUUCACUAAGUGGUGGUACUGAAGCAGCUGUUGCACGUGAUGCUUUUGAGGGCAUGAUAGAAACACUUUCAAGGACAAAGGACAGUAUUGGACGUGCAACUCGGCUAGCAAUUGAGUGUGCCAAAUAUGGCAUUGUUGGUGAGAUUGUGGAGCUACUUAUUCAGAAGUUGGAGACUGAACCCAGCUUUCAUCGUAGAGUUGACCUCUUUUUCCUCGUUGACUCUAUUACUCAGUGUUCACAUACCCAGAAAGGGAUUGCUGGGUCGUCAUACAUUCCUACUAUACAGGAAGCAUUACCACGCUUAUUGGCUGCUGCUGCGCCACCUGGGUCUGGUGCUCGUGAGAAUCGUCGUCAGUGUCUCAAGGUUCUGAGGCUAUGGCUUGAAAGGAAAAUUAUGCCGGAAUCUCUUCUUCGUCGAUACAUUGAUGACAUAGAAGUUCCUAAUGUUGAUGUGAAUGCUGGAUUUUUUCCUAGACGUCCAUCUCGAGCUGAGAGGUCUGUGGAUGAUCCAAUCAGAGAAAUGGACGGCAUGCAUGUUGAUGAGUAUGGAAGUAAUACAACAUUUCAGUUGCCCGGAUUGUUGUCUACUAAUGUAUUUGAAGACGAGGAAGAUCACCCUACCACCCUUUGCAGAGAUUCUGGCAAUGAAAUGCCAGUUGGAGUUGGCAGCACUUUAGAAGAAUUAGACACUUGUUCUUUGACGCCGAGUGACAGACAUCAUCAUGUACUAAAAGAUGUAGAUGGUGAACUUGAAAUGGAAGAUGAUCCUUUGUCCAAAGAUGAGAAGGGCAUAACGAGAAAUGAUUAUCAAAAAGUUGAAUUAAAGUAUCAGGAAUCUAGCAUAACUUUGGAAGCAACAUCGAUUAAUCCAGAUGAACUGCCCCCUUUACCUACUGCUCCUCCACCUCCUUUGGAUUCUCCACCACUACCGCCACCUCCUCCACCCUUGUCUCCCUCACCCCCAUCGCCGCCUCCCCCACCUCCACCAUCAUCACCAUCACCACCUCCACCCCCACCCCCACCACCCUUGCCAAUAUCUGGACAAACAUCUCUUCCUUCUGUUCCAAUUCUACCAACAGUGUCACCUUCUCCACCGUCUUUAUUUUAUGCCCCUGUGCAGGAAGAGCUCAGGACACAAAAUGGCAACAAACUGGUUGAUAUGGCUGGUAAUGCUGCAAUUCAGGGCCAGGAAACUGCUUUAAAUAGUGAAGUGGUUCUACAGCAGCAUCCAAGCUCUGUGGCAAAUAGAAUGAGCAAUACACAAUGUCUAAGUAACUUUACUUCAUCUAGGCAAUUUGAAUAUGGACAUAACGAGUUGUAUUUAGCCCCUCAGAAUUCUCAUCACAUUCACCAGUUUCAACAAGGCAAUUCAUCCUUCCACCAGAGGCCUUACAAUUCUCAUCCCCCUUCACAAACUCCCUCCACUUAUCCUCUUCCAACCGCACAAAUGCCCACUGGCCAUUUUCCACAUGUUACUCCCAUGAGUCAACAACCAGUGCUUCAAUCUCACAAUCCGUACACAUUGACAUCUGUUCCAAAUGGUCAAAGACAACUUAUGUCUGAUGAACAAAGGAAAGUGCAUUCUAGUGAUUUUAGCCCUGAUAAUCAGCAUGCUGCUUGGGUGUCUGGAGCAAGACCAUCAUGCUCAGGCGCCCCUAUUGUUCAGGAUGGAUUUAUGAGGUCUACCAGGGAAAGACCUUUGUCGAACCCUAUGGGAUUUCAGCUUCCUGUGCAUAAUCCAAGGCCUUCUGGAGGUUCAGUCUCAGGCCAUGGUUUUCGCCAAGUGCUGCCAGGCAGAUCAGAUGUUCCUGGUCUUAAUUGUUGGAGACCAGGCUAAAGUCAGCUGUAUGCACAUGUUUAGAUAUGUUUUAUCCUAAGACGUCUGAGAAUUUGAGACCCGAGCUGCAGUCAAUGUGAGAUGCUAUCAAAGAAUCAGAGUUGUGAUACUUGGUUUAGUCUUUUGACAGGAAUAUGUACAUUCUAAUUGUCUUAGCAACUGCAUCGAACAUACUGACUUCGUUAAUGUAAGUCCAUGUUGUAUAGGCAACUGGUAACAUUUUUUUGUAAAAUCAUCGUACAUCUUUCUGAUCAUAUGUAAUGUCCAAUUCCAUAAUUUGUGAAAAAUGGUUGAAAUGAGGUUGAUUCCAUUAUAUUUGAUAUCAUUCUCUGAAUAUGGAAUGUUAAAAUUAAAAGACAAGUAACAAACUUGGAAAUUCUGCUUUUUGAGAAAGCCUUGGUAUCAUAGAUCUAAGUCUUCAAGCUUGUAGCGGGAUCACUUAUGAUUGAACAGAGGUUUCAAACUUCGGUUCAUACCAGUUUCUGAUAACCUAUUGAAUUGGUUACGAACUGCUACACCAGACUGUAUACUGUUCUGUGCCUCCCAAUUGUAUAUACUGGAUAAGAUAAUAAAAACUAAAAAUAAAUCGUAUAUGCACCGGUUCGAAGUAUACUUUUUGGUGAGACUAGUAAAUACUGGACCAUGCAUUAAUAAUCUAACCGGUACUUAGAGACCUUGGGUUAAAGUAAUUGGGUAUGGAUAAACUAACUUUAAUUAGUCUGAGUGAAGUUCUCAUGUUGAUGAAUGACAAACUAGCCUGAUGACUAAUUGUUUAAAUUCAUUUUAAAGAAUUUUAGUGUAUGUUAUUUGCUUAUUGGAUGUCUGAAGAUUGAUGAACUUAGUAAAUAUGAUUAUGUGUGAUGGCAAGAAAAUUUGUGACGUGGCAUUCUUAAGUGAAGAUCACAUUACAAAUCAGGGAGGAAAAUUUUCACCCCCUUGAGUCUAUUCCAUAACUAAUAUGAUUCUGCUUUACAACAGUAUCCAAGGGAGGAAUCAUUAGGUUCGUGAGAGCUUAAAGUUUGAGAGUAACCAUAAGAGCUCAGCUUACAAAUAAAAAUGUUUCUUAUUCAAUUUUAUCUUGUAAUAUUGAGCCGUUAGCGUGAAAUGGCUGUAUAAAAAAGUUGAUGUAAUUAAUCAAGACUGUUUUUUCCAAGAUUAUUUGGGAUCAAGUCCAAAUCGAGCCAGCAAUAGGUGGUAGGGUUAAGUCAAUGUGUCUAAACGUGUGAAAUAUUCUUUUCUAGUUUUAUGGACUUUUAGAUUUUUUUUUUAAUUUUAGAGAGUUCAUUAUGUGAUUACUUACUAAUGGCUAUCAAUGGCUAUUUUUGUUUGGAUAAGAUAAUCAAUCCGAUCUCCUUUGAUUUUGAAUAGUCUGGGGAAAUAUAUUUAUGUGUAAGUUAAUAGUUGUGGUUCAGAUAAUUGUAGCUUUAGGAGUCAGUUGAACAAAUCAAAUAGGUAUGAUUAUGAUUCAGAAUAUGGGAGGUUUAUGAGGCAUGUGUUACAUCAAAUUAGAUUUAAUUAGUCUUGGUUAUCAUUUUGUGGUAUAUAGAAGCCUGGUUGUUGCCAGCGUGUAACAGGAUCGCGGUUGCCUUUUUUCCUCUCUUCCUUCUUUGUAAUUUUGUUGUUUUUUAACCUUUGAUUCUUAUCAACCACUCUGUCCUAUAGUUCUUUAGGUGUGAUACUUACUUUAUGCUUCUUCCCAACAUGCACAAAUAUGGAGGAAAAACUAAAUGACUCCUUUGACCCACCAUGUCAGCCUGAAUUGCAUCAGAAUUAGCUAGGUAGUUAACAAUUUUGAAAUAAGACAUUACUGUGAGCAAGAUAGGUCCCUACUUUGUGGUUUUUUAUGAUAGUCAAGGGAUUCAAAUAAUUACUGGAAGUCCUAGCUUUGAGGUGAUACUGGUGUUUUUGGAAAUUUAGUAAGCAUCAUUAUGUAUUAAUUAACUAUGAUUCUAGCUUCGCAAUGAUUUUUUUUUUUUU